UUGAAAAUAGAGGUGAACAGUGAACAAUUAAAGAAAAGAAUGUCGUUAUAUGCAACGCCAAUACUCUAUUUAAACAUGGGUGGUGAAAUGUUGUAUGUUUUGCGACAAAGAUUGAAAGCACAAAGGAUAAGUGUUGAUAAAACUAUACAAGUACUGGACGAUGUAACUGCCGCUUUACUUAAUCCUAAAAUACUGUCUUCUAUAUUUGAAGAAAAACCUUUGACUGAAAUAUCUGUCUUACGGUCUAAUUUAGAAUGUGCUGUACUAUCAUCGAUAAUGAAACUUGAUAAAAAUAGUAUGAAUAAAUUGUUUGACUUAAUGAUUAUGAUGGUUAAGUAUCAGUUAACUGCAGCUACUGGUCCUGUAGAAGUUGUACUAUUAACAUUAAACCAUAUAGAUGCAAUGUGUGAUAUGGUUAGCAAUCCAAAUGCUCAACAAUGUGUUGAGUUGGUACAUGGGAUGGUGACAGAUUUUUAUGGUUCUUUAACUUUUGAAGAGGUCUGGAAUGCCAGAAAUGAUUGUUUGAAUGAGUUAGAGACAUAUUGUGUGAGAGUAUCUAUUCUUCUUAGACUUGGAUUACAAAAUGAUGAUGGUAGUUUUAAUUUAACACACCAUAAAUAUGAUGAAAAAUACGAAGAAAAUAAAGUUCGUUUGUCUGGCACGAAAUUAUGUGAUGGUCCUGUAAAACAUUUUGGAGAACGCGAGACAAUACUUGGCAAAAAUAUGUAUUCAGUAUCAUAUGGUAUAUCAAAGCUAGCCGCUGAACAGGAAAAUGAUAAUUACAUAAAAGAUUGUGGUACAAAAGCAGAACUCCGUAUGUUAGCUGUUCAACUUGGAACCGAAGAAACUUCGUAUCAGCGACCUUUUACUUUAAAUUUAUUUUCAAAUGACGAUAAUGAUAACGAAAACAUAAAAAAGGAAAAUUCUGAUUUUAAAGAAGAUGAUCAAAGUGAUACGACAGUUACAAAAUACGAAAAAACGAAAUUUAAUGAGAAUUAUAAAAUGAAACUCGACAAUAUAUGUGCAGAUCUUUUUGAGGAUAAUCAUGAAGGAUUAAAACGCAGCAUGAAUUUGUUGGAACUUUUAGACAAAACGGAAUAA